CACACGGAGGAGACGUAUGUUACCAUAGAAUAGAGUCAGGCUGACAGAUGAUGUGGUGAAUUAAACCUGGGACAGCUCCUCUGUUCUCGCAUUGAGAUAAACAGAAACACACGCUUCAUCUGGACAAAUAGUUUGUUUUGGACACAUCUAACAGGAGACAGUUUGACUGCGGUCUAUCAGCUCUCCACCAGCUCUCCUACAGCUCUACAUCAACUCUCCAUGAGGAUGAAGUGCUAGUUCUCCGUCCAGCGUUUCCAUGCAACAGCGCAGUCGGCUGUGAAGCCACGGAGCUCACGGAGGAAUAGAUGCUGUUGCAGAGAGCGGCAGAGCAGUAGAUCUGGUUUGGGGUCUCUGUAGGAACCCAGAGCGGCUUAUUAAACCCGAUGGAGCGACAGGAUGAUGGAGAGGAGCCGCUCGGGGGCUUAAACCACCAUGAUAGAGCACAGGAGCCCGGUUCUCCUCCCCUGGCUCGUGAGCACUCAGGCAGUCUGCAGCAGGACGAGCCCGCCAUGAUGAGGAGGAGCGACAACUACCUGCCAGUCCCUGGCGAGGAGAAGAACCUGGAUGUGGACAGGAGCAGCGAGUCCAUACCAAUGAAGAACCUCUAUGCAGACGACGUCUCGCCGCUGUAUCCACGAGUAGGCCCAUACUUCUCUGAUGGGCGCCGGCGGGUGGACUACGUGCUGGCCUACCACAUCCAGAAGCCCACCAGUGUCCGGCGCCGCUCAUCCAGGUUCGCCGACAACAACUUCAUCCGACGGCUUCGCCGCAGCCUGAGCAUGAGGAGCAGCCGAGCGCCACUGCAACCGAAGGAAGACCCGGAGAUCGCCGCCCAGGAGCAGCGGACGGACUACCACGAGGAUGACAAGCGCUUUCGGCGGGAAGAGUUUGAGGAAAACCUCCUGGAGACGGGGCUGGAGCUGGAAAAGGAUGAAGGGAAUAAGAUCCCUGGAAUCGGCUUCUUGAAGAUCCAUGCUCCCUGGAACGUCCUGUGUCGAGAGGCUGAGUUCAUGAAGCUCAAAAUGCCAACAAAGAAGGUGUAUGAUGUGAAACAAGGCAGCAAUGUCGUGGAGAAGAUCCGACUGUUCAUUCACAAAGUCACAGCUCCGCUCCAUCCAAAGGUGGAUGCCAACAGACCAGACAGCGUCAAAUCCCUCUCUCAUCCUUUCUCCAGGGAGAAGCAGCAUCUAUUCGAUCUGUCUGACAGAGACAAGUUCUUUGACAGCAAGACCAGGAGCUCAAUAGUCUAUGAGGUACUGAAGAGGACAAGAUGCACCAGAGCCAAAUACUCUAUGGGGAUCACCAGUCUGCUAGCCAAUGGUGUCUACACGUGUGCUUAUCCUCUGCAUGAUGGAGACAUCAAGGAGGCAAAUGCAGAACCUAACGACAGAAAGCUGCUGUACGAGGAGUGGGCAAGCUACAGUGUCUUCUACAAGUACCAGCCUAUCGGACUCAUUAGGAAGUACUUUGGGGAGAAGGUUGGCCUGUACUUCGCCUGGUUAGGAGUCUACACACAGAUGCUGAUCCCUGCAGCCAUCGUCGGAGUCAUAGUGUUCCUCUACGGCUGUGCCACUGUCGACGACAACAUACCAAGUAUGGAGAUCUGCGAUCCCAGGAACAACAUCACCAUGUGUCCGCUGUGUGACCGCGCCUGCAGCUACUGGAAGCUGGUGACUGCGUGUGGUACAGCCAGAGCCAGCCACCUGUUCGACAACCCAGCUACCGUCUUCUUCUCCAUCUUCAUGGCCCUGUGGGCUGUCCUCUUCAUGGAGCACUGGAAGAGACGACAGAUGCGACUCAACUACAUUUGGGACCUGACUGGCUUUGGAGAGGAGGAGGAGGAGGAACAUAAGGACCACAACCGUGCAGAGUAUGAGUUCCGGGUCAUGCAAAAGACAAUGAGGCUGGAACAUUCAACCCCCAAGGGUGAGAAGGUGAAGCUGACGUGUACAGACAGACUGCCAGCUUACCUGACGACUGUGAUGAUGAUGUUCUUCCUGAUCAUUGUGACCUUUGCCAUAGUCUUUGGGGUCAUCCUGUACCGGAUCAGCAUUAAGGCAGCCCUGCACAUUAGCACCUACCCUGCAGCACGAUCCAACAUCAGAGCCACAGUGAAGACCACCGCCGCCAUCAUCAACCUUAUCAUCAUCAUCAUCUUAGAUGAAAUCUAUGGUGCCAUUGCCCGCUGGCUGACAACACUGGAGGUUCCAAAGACAGACAAGAGCUUUGAGGAGCGUCUCAUCUUCAAAACCUUCAUCUUGAAGUUUGUCAAUGCCUUCACACCCAUUGUGUACCUGGCCUUCUUCAGGGGCAGGCUUGUUGGGCGUCCUGGAAACUACUUGUAUGUUGUUGGAUCAUACAGAAUGGAAGAGUGUGCCCACGCAGGCUGCCUCAUGGAGCUGUGCAUCCAGCUGUGCAUCACCAUGCUGGGCAAGCAGCUCAUCCAGAACAACCUGUUUGAGAUCGGCAUACCGAAGCUGAAAAAGCUGCUGAGGAAGAGGAAGUCAGAGCUGGACUCAGAGGAAGAGGAGGAGCUGAACAAAACCCUGCAGCGCCACGAGAAAGACCACCUGCUGGGUCCUUUUGUUGGCCUCAGUCCUGAGUACAUGGAGAUGAUCAUUCAGUUUGGGAUGGUGACUCUGUUCGUGGCCUCCUUCCCUUUGGCUCCGCUCUUUGCUCUUCUGAACAACAUCAUCGAGAUUCGCCUGGAUGCCAAGAAGUUUGUCAUGGAGCUACGAAGGCCAAUCGCAGUCAAAGCCAAAGACAUUGGUAUCUGGUACAACCUCCUGAGAGGCCUCAGCAAGGUAGCAGUCAUUGUUAAUGCCUUCGUCAUCUCCUUCACCUCUGACUUCAUCCCUCGGCUGGUCUACCAGUACAUGUACAGUCCUGAUGGCACCAUGCACGGCUUCGUCAACCACACUCUGUCUUACUUCAAUGUUACUGACUUCCAGCCAGGCACUGACCCCUUGCAGCCAAUGCACCUGGGCUACAAAGUGGAAAUCUGCAGAUAUAAGGACUACAGAGAGCCCCCUUGGUCCAGCUCUCCAUAUGAACUCUCUAAAGAGUUCUGGGCCAUCCUGGCAGCCCGCCUCGCCUUUGUCAUUGUCUUUCAGAACGUGGUGAUGCUCAUGAGUGACUUUGUGGACUGGCUGAUCCCAGACAUCCCCAAGGACAUCAGCCUACAGAUGCACAAAGAGAAGAUCCUUAUGGUGGAGCUCUUCAUGAAGGAGGAGCAGGGCAAAAGACUCGCAGCGCGGGACAACCACAACGGGGACAACUGCACCGCCCCCUCAUCAGCCAAUCAGAGCCCGCCGCAACCCCGCUCACGGCCCGUCUCGCAUUCUAACUGCUGUUAAACCAGUAGGUGCCAGGGUCUGAGAAAAAAAGCACAAACAACAAGCAAACACCAGGACCUGUACACAGACUGUAAAUAAGUGAAUCAGCUGCUUAUAGCUGGCUGCUAAAGGUUAACACAGUACAUCUAUUAACACGUCAUCAGUUUGUCAUAAUGAGCAAAGCUUUUGCUGCCGUCACGAUGUUCAGGAAUAUUUUCAGACGGGUAAAACCUGAACUGAAUUCCCACAGAUUGCCUCUUUUUAAAAUUUGUUUGUUACAUUUCACUGCGAAUCAGACAUGACAGUGUCAGCCACCAACCAAACAUCCACACAGUACUCACAGAAACAUGAUUAUUGGAUGUAAUUGAAAGGAACAAGCCAUUAGCUUCACUCGGGGAAUGUCCCUGUUGAUGAGAACCUUCAGGAUGUCUGAGAACACAGUGCCAAACUUGCAGCCUGAGUUCAUAUGUGCCACUUCUCCCACGGAACUUGAAUGCAGCUUCUGCCUCCGUCAGUCCGUCCAGAUGGUGCUGCUGAGGAGAGUGUCCCCCCUCCUGCCGUCAACACGUAAAGCUCAG